CACUCAAUAUAUACAAAGUACUCUACCUUCACCAUUCAUCACUUUAUCUCCACCACAAUAUCAUGACCAAAAACAUGUUCACCGGAAUGUUGGAUUCCGACAAGAAGAAAAAGAUCUUCUUAACCAUCUUAGCUACAGUGUUAUUUACAUCCGCCAUCAUCAGCAUAGCAGUCGGAGUUAACUCCCGAACCUCCAACAACACCAAACCCGUCAAUAAACUCACCGUCAAAGCCGAAUCCACAGCUCACGACAUCGUGAAAUCGUCGUGCAGCGUCACCCUCCACCCUGACCUAUGCUACUCCACCAUUUCCACCAUCCCGGAAAUGGCGAAAAAGGUCAAAACUCCAAAAGAUGUAGUCAUUUUGGCUGUUGAUAAAACAAAGGAGAUAGUUCAAAGAAACUACUUCACCAUAAAGAAACUCACGGUUCAAACCGGUCUCACGAAACGUGAGAAAGUCGCUCUACAUGACUGUUUAGAAACGGUGGCUGAGUCGCUUCAUGAGCUAGACGACGUCGUUCGCUACUUAAAGACUUAUCGACCAAAAAAACUUACUCGCGGGCAUGUUGACGACAUACUCACGCUAAUGAGCAGCACGUUGACCAACCAAGAGACAUGCAUUGACGGGUUUUCACAUGACAAACACGAAAAAGAGUUUCGUAAGUCGUUAAUAGCCGGUGAGAUUCAUGGGGAGAAGUUGUGUAGUAAUUCAUUGGCUUUGAUUAAGAACAUGACGGAUACGGAUAUGAUUGACCAAGAUUCGGUCAACGUGGUCAACGGGAGGAAGUUAGUUGAAGAUGAGAAUGAGGAUGGUGUGAAGUGGCCGGAGUGGUUGUCGGCUGGUGACCGGAGGUUGUUGCAGUCUGGGACCGUGACAGCGAAUGUGGUGGUGGCGGCGGAUGGGAGUGGGGAUUUUACGACGGUUUCGGCCGCUGUUGCGGCCGCUCCGUCGUCGAGUUCUAGGUAUGUGAUUAGGAUAGCGGCUGGGGUGUAUAGGGAAAAUGUGAAUAUUCCGGCUAGUAAAAGGAACUUGAUGUUUUUGGGCUCGGGUCGGACUUCUACUAUAAUCACCGGAAGCCGAAGUGUCGCCGGCGGAAGCACCACCUUCAAUUCCGCCACUGUCGCCGCUGUCGGGGCUGGAUUUCUAGCACGGGACAUAACUUUCCAAAACACAGCAGGUCCAUCAGGCCACCAAGCAGUAGCGAUACGGGUCGGGUCAGACCUAUCCGCAUUUUACCAAUGUGACAUGUUAGGCUACCAAGACACCCUCUAUGUCCAUUCCAACCGUCAAUUCUACAUCAACUGCUUCAUUUCGGGCACCGUCGACUUCAUUUUCGGCAAUGCGGCCGCAGUGUUCCAAGACUGCGACAUUCACGCCCGUCGACCCAACCCAAACCAACGCAACAUGGUCACGGCCCAAGGUCGAAGCGACCCGAACCAAAACACUGGAAUUGUUAUUCAAAAGUCUAGAAUAGGUGCCACCUCGGACCUUCGCGCGGUCCAAGGAAGCUUUCCUACGUACCUCGGGCGGCCGUGGAGAGAAUAUUCGAGAACGGUCGUGAUGCAAUCGACAAUAAGUAAUGUGAUAAAUCCGGCGGGAUGGUUUCCGUGGAGUGGGAACUUUGCACUUGAUACUUUGUAUUACGGUGAGUAUCAGAAUACGGGUGCAGGUGCGAGUACUGCGAAUAGGGUGACGUGGAGAGGGUAUAGAGUGAUUACGAGUGCUACGGAAGCUCAAGGUUUUACUGCCGGAAAUUUUAUCGGUGGUGGAAAUUGGUUGAGAGCUACCGGUUUUCCUUUCUCUCUUGGCCUGUGAUGCGGUGAUUCAAAUUUGUCGUUAAAAAAAUAAAAAUAUUCUAAUAAGUUGUUUGAAUAACAAGUUGUGAUGAUUUUAUCAUCAUGUGUAUGUUUUGUGCCGGGUUUUAAAUGGUAAUGUUUUCAAUAAUCC